CAAAGUUUAUGCAGUGUCAGAAACAACAAAAUGACAUAGUUAGAACACGAAUGAGUUAAAAAUCGUUCGUUGAUGAAAAUAAAUCAAGUUAACCCAUUGUGAUUAUGCCUUUGGCCACGUAAUAUGCUUCACGAAUCCAUAACGUAUUACUGGUGUUUCAAAACUCGCGCCUCAAAGUAUGAUAAAUUUUGAACAUGUUUAAAUGAUGAGCAAAUUAAAGACACUUUAGUACAGAUUUCAACUACUACAUGUUCAUGAUGACAUGUUGUAAAUCGUCAUUUGCUCAUUAUUAACUGCUGUCGUUUAUUUUCAUUAUUAAAUAUGGGUGUAUCACGUUGACUUCCAAUGAGUUCAGACAACGUUGUUACUUCAGUACUCCCAGAUUCAUAUUCACUAGCUCGAAGACACUUACAGUUGAGUCGAGCAAAGCUCAAAGCCACUAGUCGAGUGUCUGCGUUGCUGGCAGGUUUCGCUAUGGUUGCAAUCAUUGAAUUGCAGGUUGCUGUUGGCGAAAGUAAACCACCUGAAGGAUUAUUGUUUGCUUUCACGAUUCUUUCAUGUCUUCUGGUUGUCGUGCAUAUAAUGGCUGUAAUGAUAAGUACUUGUAUUUUGCCACAUAUUGACUCAUACAUGGUCCCUCAAGACUGUUAUUUGAUUGAGGAAGCACCACACAACAGAUUAAGAACGGCACUUAAUCUUUUUUUAGUAACAAUGUCCUCUGCCUUUACUGCAAAGGAUUUGAAUCAUUUUGAUUAUGUUAUUAUUGGAGGUGGGAUUGCUGGUGUUGUGUGUGCUGAAACAUUAUGCGAACUCUUAAAUCCAAGCAGGUUUUCUGGGGCUCUCCAGUCAUCGUCGGGUCAUCUAAACUAUGCAUCUAAACGUGUAGCAUUGAUAUCUGCUUCUCAAACUGUGAAAACUACAGUCAAUCUACGUCGAAUAAGCAAUAUGAUCGAAACUUUUGAUAUUGAGGAGAAAUCUGGUAGUUCAUGGUCCGAAACAUGGCCCGACACGUUAACCGUAAUCUGUGAUACAGUGAUAAAACUAGAUCCUUCUAGUCAUACUGUUUAUUUACAACAACGUGGUUAUGAGAAUCCAAUUUUUUAUAACAAAUUAUGUCUAACAACUGGCGGUGUUCCGCGGCUUAUUGAUCCGAAGCACCCAUAUGUUAUUGGUCUAAGGGAUACAGAGAGCAUCAAAAAUUUUCAACACCGUCUACUGGGCACUCGUCGUAUGGUGUUAGUUGGGAAUGGAGGUAUAGCAACAGAGAUCGCACAUGAAGUCUCUGGUUGUCAAAUUAUUUGGGUUAUUAAAGACAACAGCAUUAGCACACCAUUUCUUGACUCAGUGGCUGCCACAUUUUUAUUAGAAGCAAGAGAAAUUUCAAAGCAAAAUGAUUCUGUUGAGAAGAAAGCUGAAGUUAGUUCCAGACCAUCUGGAGAUAAAAUCUCAGAGGAUACACAAAUCAGACGCAUGCGUUAUAUUGUGGCUGAGGAACGCCAAUCAGAAGAUAUCACAAAAGCUUCAGAAGAUCAUCUCAUGCUUGUUCCUGAUCAACAGCAUCCGUACGAAUUGGAUAUCGGUAAAUCAUCAGUUGCUGGUGCUGCUCCAGGUCCAGAUUGGGCAUAUGGACGCAAAUUACAUGGACGACUUGUCAAUACAGUCGAUGGUAGACUACUUAAAGUAGUUUAUCAAACCAAAAUCAAACAGUUUUUAUCUCCAGAAGAGUUUCAUGACUUAAAUAGAUUAGAAACCCUGCCUUUUACAAACAAGCUCAAUGAUAAUGUGUUAUCCGUUAAUGAUUGGCCAGUUUAUGUCGAGUUAACAAAUGGUGAAAUUUAUGGAUGCGAUUUAGUUGUAAGUGCAGUUGGCGUUGAAGCAAAUUUAAAUCCACUAAACAGAAGUCCUAGCAACGUGGAUAAUACUACUCAUAAUACUGGUAAUACUUAUAACAUUAAUAAUAAAGGAACUGAAAUCACAGAAUCAUCUAACUUAGAUGCUUUAUUUCAUUGCGCCUCUAUGGAACAUGGUGGUGGUCUGUUAGUAAAUGAACAAAUGGAAACAAAUUGGAAAGAUGUGUAUGCAGCAGGAGACUGUGCAUAUGCCAAUUGGACAUGGUCUCCACAUUGGUUUCAAAUGAAAUUAUGGAGUCAAGCUAGACAAAUGGGAUUUCAAGCUGCUAAGUCUAUGUUUUGCCAUAGUCGAGGAGACCACAAUAUCCCGCUGGAUUUUUCUUUCGAACUUUUCACUCAUGUGACUUACUUUUUUGGAUUUAAGAUUGUUCUGUUGGGUCGUUUCAAUGGUCAGGGUAUGAAUCUGUCUGCAUCGGAUACUUAUCUUUUAAUGCGUGUUACACGUGGAAGAGAAUUCAUCAAAUGUAUCAUGCAGUCGGGUCGCAUGCAAGGCGCAAUAUUAAUUGGAGAAACUGAUUUAGAAGAAACUUUAGAAAAUUUAAUUUUAAAUCAAAUUGAUUUGACUAAUUUAGAAGAUCGUCUUCUUGAUCCAGACAUUGAUUUAUCGGAUUAUUUCGAUUAGUAAUCUACAAUGGGCUCCAUUUUUAAUAAUAUGUAUAUAUUUUUAUUUUUAUGUAUGAUACUACUUCGUGUGAAUGAUUUCUUUAGUUUCAAUUAUUUGAAUUGUCCCUAUAUGCAUAAGUAUAUGGCUAUCAGCAGAAUAUUAGUUAAUUGGUUAUGUAUAUAUACACAGGAUUAACAUUACAUUAUGUAUGUGUACCAUUAAACUGGCUACAAAUUGUAAUGAUUGCUUUGAAUACAAUUAUUAUGAAGACUUCAUCAUUUCAUAAAAAUACAAAGGAGAUACAUUGUCAUUUCUUGCCAGUAAACUGACUGAAAUAAAAUACUACAAACAUAGCUUACUUUAUCAUCUUGGGAUGAGAGCAAAAAGAAAGAUCUGAGUAGAAUAGCAUUAAUUCAUUUUAUUUCGUUUGAUUCUCGUCAGUUGCUUACAAUCUGUAUUAUUUAAAAGUGAUAAUUACAAAAUGGGUUCAAAUUACUUACAUGAAAGAAUAGUUGGAAUUUUCUUUGAUCACACAUCAGUAUAAUAUAGCAAAGGUGCAAAUAGAUUUAAUCGACUAAAUAAAAUAUUGUAAAGAUAUACUUUAUGUAAAAGAACAUUCCAAAAUACUGUCAGUAACAAAGAGUCAAAAGAACUUGUGUUUACGUAAUGAAUAAACGCUGAU